CCUCCAAUUCUCGCCCUCUUCCUCGCCCUGAACCUGGUCCUCCUUGCCGCCGCCCAGGGCUGCGGACCCUACUGCCCGCCGGUCGUACCUACCCCACCGAUCCGCCCACCGCCUGUCGUGCCAUCGACCGGCGGGGGCAGCUGCCCGAUCAACACGCUGAAGCUGGGCGUGUGCGCCGACGUGCUGAACCUAGUGAAGCUCAAGAUCGGCGUGCCGGCGAACGAGCAGUGCUGCCCGCUCCUGGGCGGGCUCGCCGACCUUGACGCCGCCGUGUGCCUCUGCACCGCCAUCAGGGCCAACAUCCUCGGCAUCCAGCUCAACGUCCCCAUCGACCUCGUCCUCCUCCUCAACCAGUGCGGCAAGAAGUGCCCCUCUGACUUCACCUGCCCCAUCUGAUCCAUCCAACCAUCGAUGAAUAUUAUACAUGCAUAAUCGUUGCAUUCAUAACUAGUUUGCAUGGCAUACGUACGCACCAUACGUAUAUUUUCUAUGUUCCAGUUCAUGUACUAUAUGUCAGGCGUUUGCAUGGGCUCCCUCGCUCGUGCAUGCAUGCUUGAUAAGCUUGUGAUUGGUCAAUGAUCAGUGUAUCCCGUUAUGGUAUCUAAAUGCAUGACUAGUAAAAGGAUAUACAAACCUGUCUCGGCAGUACAUGAAGUUAAUUUGUUCAUAUGUUUACUAACCCUUUAAUAAAAGUUUUAUGAAGUUUUGUGGGGAUGAAGUUUUCAAGAUCUAGGCGAGAUAUUGAUAUGAGACGAAUAACAAGAGGCAAAAGCCUAAG